AUGUAUAAUAAAGUAAGAAAACAACAAAGUAUUCAUAUAUUUGGAUCCAUCAAACUAGUUAAUGAAUUUAUACAAAAUUUUCAAAGUUUAGCUGAUAAAGAUAUUUUGACAACAUUCAAAUUCAAUUCAAUGACAUCCAUUCAAGUGGAAUAUCUUACAAAUAUCGGUUCGAAAGACUUAAAAGUUAUUGAAAAAGAAUAUGUUAAAGAUAAUGCCAAAAUACGAAUACGACAUGAUGAAUUUUAUGCACCAGAAAAACUCAAAAAUGACAUUGAACUUCGUAUAAAUUCUUUAUUAUCUUCAUUAGAAUCAAUCACAUUCGAAUGUAUGCCAUUAUACUAUGAUAUAGCUGACAAAGCAAUAUUACAUUUGAAGAAUAUUGCACAUAAAAAUCAUUGUGGUUGUGAACUGAAAUUAAAAAAGAAUUUGAAAUCAUAUACAAUUCCAAAAGCUAUGGAAACAUUAUCCACAACCAGUCUUGUUUCAAGGUCACUUAUUAAACAAUCUGAAUUAUUUUGUUCUUCACCUGUAAUCUGUCAACAAGCAAAAUCAUCUAAUGGAUCCAUUGAAGUGCUUAUUGGUGAUAUAGCAGUACAAAAGUCUGGUGCACUUAUUAUUCCACUCGUAUCAUAUGGAUUAAAACAAAGUCUUAUUGAGCGAGCCGGUAAUAUCAUAAGACAAGAACAACAAGUAGAUAAAAGCAAAAAAACAGAUAAAAGCGAUAAUAAUUCAACUCCUUUCUUUAUUGAAACAACAGCAAGUAAUUUAGUGUGUAAAAUUGUCUUGUUUUCAAGCUGGUCACCAUUAGAAGCAACGAUGAACGAUGAUAGUUUACGUGAACAUAUAAGAAAUUUUAUUUCGAAAUCAAUUGAAUAUAUCAUUGUGAAAAACGAACAAUCGAAUAUAAAAAUUGAAUCAAUUGCUUUUGCAGCGCCUGAUUCAUGUAAAAAAGAAAAUAUUUUAGCGGAAGAAAUGAUUUAUGAGACAAAACGACAAAUUGAAUUAACAAAAUCAUCAUUAAGAAUUUCAUUUAUUCUAUUACCUGAUCAACAAACGUUAUAUCACCAAUUUUUAACAGCUAUUCAAAAGAUGCAAUCAAAUGAUGGUGUUCAUGCAGUAUUUUCCUGUCCAAUAACUAAUGAUUUCAAAAAUUGGAAUCAAUAUAUGAUCAAUACCUUUUAUAAAUAUUGUUAUGAUAGAUGUGUUUUACCAAAAACAGAUGAUGAUAAACGAAUUCGAUUAAUUGGUCCAAUCAAUAAUGUUUAUGAUGCUAAAUAUAAAUAUCAUUUGACAAAUGUAUUAAUACAAGAAAAAAUACAUUUACAACAAUUAUUACCUACAACACCACGACCAAGACCAAUCAUUCGAUCUCAAAUAACUGAUAGUAUAUCAAUAAUGUCAUCUUCUAUAUGUUACAAUAUAAUGUUAAGUUAUUGUCAAGAAGAUUCGAUUAUAUCUCAGCGUUUAGCUGAUCGUCUUAUUGAUGAAGGUUUUUCUGUAUGGAUUGAUUUGAUUGAAUCUAAUGAUACUUUUUCGCAAAUUAAUAAAUCUGAAUGUAUCAUUCUUUGUAUCAGUGAAAAUUAUGUUGAAAAUAAAUUUAGUUUAAAUACAGUAGAAUAUGCCAAACAAAUGGGUAAACACAUUAUUCUUGUAAAAGUUCAGAAUUAUACGUCGAAUGAUUGGUUGCAACAAUUAAUUCCGAAUGAAAUAUAUUUUCAAUUAUUUGGAUCAGAAAAUCAUUUUGAUUUACAAUACGACAAGUUACUAUUAAAAAUUUUACAAUAUACUCAACCGGGUUAUGCUUCUUUACUUCAAAAAACAUCUAAUGGAUCAAUUAUAGUACAGCAAAAUGAUAUGUUUAAAUAUCAUCAAAAUUAUACAAUAUUAAAUUUUCUAUUGAUAUCUAAACAACGAGAAUCAAAUUAUCAAAAAUAUGUAAUGAAAUUGAUGAAUUUAAAAAAAGGAAAAAUAGAUGAAAAUGAGAGAAAAAUUCUUAUUAAUGAAAUUGAAGAAAUUAUUCAUGCUACAGAAAAUAAAUGUAAGCAACAAAUUAAAGAAAAAAAAGUGUCAAGUUAUUAUAAUGAUGAUGAUCAAAUGAGUUUAAAAGCGUCAGAUGAUGAAUCGAAAGAAGAUGAAUUGGAACCACAAAUUUUGUUUGAGUCAGGAAUAUUAUCUUAUCAAUGUAUGCUGAAAAAAGCACUAGACUUAAAGACAAAACAGAAUAUUGCACCAUUUACUAUAUCUGGUGAUAUCAAUGAUGCACCAUUUUCAAUGAUAGAUGAAGUUUUACAAAAUUCAAAACUAUUACUUCGUUCAAGAAUAACUCGUUUCAAUUGUGGUAAUUUCACUCCUUCUUUUUACAAGAAAUGGAACUUUAAUAUUAGCCGUUCAAAAUCUUUGCAAAGACAGAAUAAAAACUCUCCAGAACAGAAAGAUAAAAAUAUAGACGUAAAUGAUGAUAAACCAAAUAUUCAAACAAUAUUGGACGACACUACGAGUGUUCUUUCUUUUGAAAUGAUAGAUAAUGCCAGAGUACAAAAGCUUCAAGAUUUCGAAGGAUCAACAAAAACGAGCAAACAACAAAUAUUAGUCAAAAAAGACUUCCCAACGAAAGGUACCUAUUCAGAACAAGAAAUCAUGGAAUUUCGCAAAAAAUUUGUCCAACGAAUGAAAGAUAAUGAAAAUGAGCUAAUUCAACUUUGUGAAGAAGAUAUUAACCGGUCGCAUAGAUCAUCAAAACAACCUAUACAUGUUCAUUCCGCCGCUAUAUUUUCUUUAUCUACCGUGCCAGAUUCGGAAGAAAAAUCCACUACAAUAUCACAAAUUCAUGAUUAUCAUGCUAUUCCAUUAAAAUUUCCCUGGAAUGGGAUAUUUGAUAAAAAUGCCCCGUCACUUAUACGAAAACAUUCAUCAACUUUGUUUUUUUUUGAAGUUUCACAACCGCAAUAA